AUGCUUUUGAUUCACGUACAUCACUUAACAGCUCUCGGCACGUAUACAAGUCUGAGUGGUAUAUGGAUCGAAUUACCGUUGCUCGUUCCAUUACUCUCCGAAUCAUGGCAGUUACCGGCUAAACUUAGUUUAGUGAUUAGUUUUGCGUCAAUUGCUCCAAUACUAAUUGUCAUCUAUCGACAUGGACGAGUCAAGAAUGAGAGAGCUCUGGAACAACAACAGUUCAUGGUUGUUAGUUUAGAAAAUGAUAAAGAAAAUAAAACACGUUCAAUAAAAUCUGAAUAUUUUUUAUUAUUAUGUAUACUAUUUUUGAUAUCAACACUCUUGUAUGGCAUUAUACCGUCGAUCAAUAGUUAUACAUUAUAUCCACAUGGAAUAAAAUUAUUUCAUUAUACAGUCAUUGCAGGUUAUUUGUCUUACCCUUUAAUAUCACUUAUCGGCGUAUUCAUUCCAGAAGUAUCCACAAAAGUUAUUUAUUUAUUAACGUUCAUAGGCAUUCUGAUAUUUGUGUACAUAUUUUUAAAUGCCAAAUUGAGUCCCUGUCCACUGUUAGUCGAUACAAUGUCUGGAAAAGUUUUAAUUAGUUUCAUGUGGGUGAUGAUUAUAUUAAUAUUUUCCUAUGAACGAGUCGCAUUAGGAAAUUAUUUUUGUCGAACACAUGGUCACAAUGGUUUACUGUGGUUUGGUUUAUUAACGCAGUUGGGCUCGUUACUUGGUGCUAUGCUGAUUUAUUUAUUAACUGUUACGUUUAAAUUAUUUAAAGAACAAAACUUCUGCGAACGGUUGAGUUGUGGAAAAUUAUAG